AUUUAAACCCAACUAAAUAAAAAAGUAGAUUGAAUUGACUCAUUUUAUUGCUACCAAGUGUUUCAUGUAAUUUAUUAUGGUUAUAAUCUAAAUUUGACAUCCAAUCAUGAGUCUUCCUUUAUGAAAAAAAUAUUUACUAUCUUUGACUACCAAUAGGAAAAAGGUUCGUGUAUUUGACUUGAGAAGAUAAACUUCCUACCACGUCUGAGCGAUUUUAGUGCAUUUAUAUCGGUUUUUCACUGAAAUUAAACGUUUUUCCUAACACUUAUCUGCUCAUUAAUUACUAAAAUGAAAUUAAGUGGCCAAUUAAUAGUUUUAGCAGCGUUCAUUGCUGUAGUAUCAGCAAGAAUAGACCCAAAAAACUUGAAGUGUUUAGUAUGCCGGACGACCUUCGAGGAACUGGAUAAGGCGAUUAAAAAAGUUGAUAAGUGGAAAAAAGUAGAUGUGGGUAACUUCAGGAUGGAUGCCAGCGGAGAUACAAUGCAGGAUAAAGUGCCGGCCCACAGAUCCACCGUCUACAUCUCCGAGAUGAUUGACGACAUCUGCAAGAAGAUGGAUGACUACGUCCGAGUGUACUAUAAGGCGACCGGCAAGCUAGAGAUUAUGCAGCUGAUGACUGAAGCAGGCGGGAUGAACCCGGAGUUCAGCAAGACCAAGUUUGUCACCGACGAUGACCUGAACAAGAGUCUGGAGUACUAUUGUGAGCGUAUGUUCGAACAGAAUGAAGACGAGAUCACGUCGCUAUACAAGCAUCGGCCGCAUGAUGACGUCAUGCCAGACGCGCUUAACGAGAUCUGCUUCAAGCACACAAAGUACUGCGAGGACUGGAUGCUGCCGAAUGCAGAGGAUACCACCUGGACUGAGGAGAUGGAAAGAGAAUACACCAAGAUCCACGGCCCGGACCCUUACGGCUUCAACAUGGGCGGCAUGGGCGGCAUGGGCAUGGGCAUGGGCGUAGGCCCCGAGAUGCCCGACGGCCUCGGAGACGAGCUGCCUGAGGACCUCGAAGAGUUACCGGAGGAGGAAAUUAAAGAUGAGCUGUAAACUGU